AAUACCCACAGGCGGUAGCCGAAAGUCAUACAGUUCAUUUUUGCGUUUCAACCAAAUAAGACUGUCUGCCGGAGAAUUAAAUAACGAAAACUUAUAAUGAAAUUUCUGAUAGUUGUUUUUGUGGCGCUUUUUGCCCUGGUAUCUGCUCAAUUCGGUCCAAUUGGUGGUCUAAUUCGGGACUUUGAACGCUUUGAACAGGGCCAACAACAACAGCAGCAGCAACAGAGCGGCUUUGGUGGUCAGCAGCAGCAGCAGCAGGAAGAAGGAGUCAUCUUUAGAGGUCCUUUCGGCGGUGGCGUUGAGUUCUUCCAGGAACAACAACAACAACAACAAGGAGGCGGCGGUCAGCAACAACAACAGCAGCAGGAAAAUCUGUUUAAUUUCUUUGGAUAAGCCUUUUUCAAAGGGACAACUAAAAAAGUCUGAACGCCACCGCUAGAUGUCAAAAAAUCCAUGUACAUAAUAUAAACAAGAGUCAACAAUAAUAUUAUAUAAGAAAAAACCACCAAAUAAAUGUAGAUACCCAUUGAUAAAAUAUUGAUA